AUGGAAAACUUACCGGCGUCAUUUUACGGGGAAAUUGACAAAAGAAACCCCGUAAUUUCUGCUUUUGAUAGCGACAUCAAAGAGUUUAUGUCGUUAAUGAAACGAGUCAAUAAUUUGCCUACCUAUGACCACAAAUCGUACUCGAGAGGAGCCAAAAGUAUCUUUGAUAUAUGGAACAAGUACAAACCUCGACUUCCAACCGCCUAUUACGAGAACCAUAUGCUGCAUAUAGCCGAUUUUCUGUUCGAAAUAAAGUUCUACAGGCUGGCGCUGUGGCAGGGCUACGGGCGCUACCUGCAGCUGGUCAGUACCAGCGGCAUAGCAGACAUCGAGGACGUGGAGCACUUCAAGACCUGCUUCUUCCCAGACGGCUUUGACACAGACCGGGCCAAGCUUACUUUCCGGGCAUUGCAGGGCUGCUGCCAGUGUUGUUUCCAGCUGGAGCAGUGUACGGGCCGGUCUGGUCCACAGGGCGUCCAGAGACUGCUGGCCCUGCUGGGCUUCAUCCGGGUGAUGAUGCAGGCCGCUUUGCCACACGACCAGCUCUGCUGGCUCGUCUACAACGGCUCCUUGUAUAUCUAUAACAUCUGUCGUCACCUGAUGUCCAUGAACCAAACUGCACAGACAUCCGUUCCCCUGGCGACCGCUGGCUUCCUGUCCUGGAGGUCCACCCUGUACUGUGCUGUCUGCCACUGCUACUACCACAGCCAGGCUAGCCUGCAGGCCGAGGUGUUUGCGCGGGGGGCGCUGGGCAAGGUGAGUGAGCUGGGCAGGCUGGAGGAGAUGAGCGGCCUUCCUGCCUCCCCAGACACCCAGAGAGCCUACAAGGAAGCCACCAUCAAGCUGACAGCCAUGGUGUUCAGGCGCUCGGUGUAUGAGCCCCGGAGGAAGCCUAAAGGCAUGUUCAGGCCCAAGCUGAAGAGCACUCUGAAGGAGAUCCAGGGGAUGCCGUGGCCCCGUACAGCCACAGAGCGGGUGCUGGUGGAGGUGUUUGAGGGGGCGGCGGCCCAGCUGCUGGCUGUGCUGGAGGCCCUGGGAGGUGGUCCCUGCCGGCCCCUGCACACUGGUCUGCCUGAGGAGCCCGAGCCCCAGGAGGUGGUCCUGGAGCUGCUGGCUGCUGCGGCCAGUCUGCUGGCCGGGAAGGGGGGAUCUAUAGAGAAGGAGUGGGAUGAGAGCCUGCCUUCCUGUCUGAGUUCACUCUGCACCUCCUCCUCUCUGCUGGAGCUGGCUGUGGCAGGGGAGAACAGAGUGUCUGUGCAGGCAGCAGUGAGCUUUAUCAAGCUGCUAUAUCGCUACGAACAGUGGGACAUGUUCUGUACACUGUCUGACCAUCUGCUCAACUUCCUGUCUACCCUGGGGCAGCAGGAGUUCAGGGCAGCAGAGCUGGAUCUGGUUCUGCUGCAGGCCAUGGAGCGCCUGCUGUCAUCUCACAAACACCUCAACAACAAGGACCAACCUGAUAAGGACGGGCUGGGGGGGUGUAUGAGUGAUGAGCUGUUCGUCCUGGCUCAGACCCUACACGUGUGUGUGUGUGACUCUAGUCAGAGGGUGCAGCCUGACGCAGACCUGGUCCUGGACCUGGUGUUGUACCUGUGGGCCAGGUGUAAGCCCGUGUUCCACACAGCCCAGAACACCCCCCACACACACCUCCUGAGGGGCCUGGAGCAGUGGGUGAGAGUGCUGUCCUGGCUGGGGGAGGUGGUGUGUGUGUGUGGUCUGGGGGAAUGGGACCCUCUGCUGCAGGCAGAGAUCACCCUGAGACUGGCCUCUGUCCUGGAGAGCACCGCCCACGCCCCGCCCCACGCCCCGCCCCACGCCCCGCCCCACGCCCCGCCCCACGCCCCGCCCCACGCCCCGCCCCACGCCCCGGAGCCUACAGCACGGGGCAGACCCAGGACAGCCUCCAGCGAUGACAUCACUGCUCAGGCCACUCCCACUCAGGAGCGGCUCCAGGCUGUGUGUGAGGUGGUGCAGCGAGGUCUGGAGGGCAUCGUCCAGGGCUGGACCGCCAUGAUGCCUGCCGACGGCAGCGCCAUCGCUGACAACGUCUUCCUGCAGAAAUAUAGAAGGAUGGCCAGUCGCUCACCUGCAAGAGAGACAGCAGCAGCAGGAGGAGGAGGAGGAGGAGGGGGAACACAUGGAGGAGAGGAGACAGCAGGAGGAGGAGGAGGAGGAGAGGACACAGAAGUGUUGAAGAAUACCUGCUUGUUUCUUGUUCCUGUGGACCAAGUCGUGGAACUUCUGGCUAUUCAGCACAGGGUCUCCCUCGAGCUGAUCCUCACCUGCCCAGCUGAGCUGGAGUGUGGUGACAGUAGAAGGUCUCUGCAGCCCUCUGGUGUGGAGGUACUGGAGACAGCAUCCCAGAGAGAGAGCGCCCUGUUGGAAAAGAUCAAGAAGAACCGUGUCUCCAGGGCUCUCUUCCUCGUCCAGAAGGCUGUGCUGGCUCACAGGCACCACCAGGACAACAGCGCCACCCAGAGGAUCCUGGAGGAGGCAGUGCUGCAGUUGGAGAAGGCAGGGGUGGAGGAGCGGAGAGCAGGGCUGGAGAGGAGGGAUGGAGGGAUGGUGGAGGAGGAGAGGAAGAACAGGCCUCCCCCUCCUCCCAUCCUCCUCUCCCGGACUAAUCACUCCAUGACCUUCGCCCCCGCCCCCUACGCCCUGGAACAGCAGGUGUGUUGGUACUGCAUCUAUGGCCGAGAGGCAGAGGGUGUCAACCUGAAGGUGCGUUUGGGAGACUGUCAACUGGUGGGCACUGGAGACCAGGUACCAGCACUAGGAGAGUGCGUGCUGAGGGUGGAGGGCUUGGAGCCCAACCAGAAGUAUGUGUUUGCAGUGGCAGCCUACGACGGGCAUGGCAGCCUGCUGGGGGGGGGCGUGGGAGAGACCACCAGGCCCCUGCUGGCCUCCCCCCCCCUGGCCCUCCUCACCACCUGGGCUCACCUGGCUCAGGCAGCGUUCCAGACCGGGCACAGCUCCCUGGUGAAGAGAGCCUGUGGAGAGCUGUGGAGCCACUUCACCCUGCAGGAUCCCCCCAAGCAGGCAGGGGGCAGCUGCAGGCCUGGGGGCCUGCCACACAUACGGUUGUGUAUGGAGACCAUGCGCCUCUCCUCUCCUCUCCUCCUCCAGCUGUUCUUCACCUCCGUCCUGAUGCAGACAGAGACACACAUCCAGGAGGGGGCGCUGCACUGCGAUGCUCUCAGCGACCAGGGCCCUCUGUCCUGGGGUCAGGAGUUGCGUCUGGCGGAGUGUGCGAGGCUGCAGGUGGCAGUGGACGUGAGCUUGUGGCUGAACAAGGACAGCGCCGCCCUGCAGGCCGUCGUGGGUUGCUACGGCCUCCUGGCCCCACUCAUCUUCCACCAGAUCUACGCAGAGCCUGUGGUGCAGGUGCUGAUGAGGUGUCUGGUGGUGCUGCAGGAGAUCUCCCCUGAGCUGAAGCUGAAGCGUCCAGCCUCCACCUCUGAGUCCCUGCUGCGUCCAGUCUCCACCUCUGAGUCCCUGCUGCGUCCAGUCUCCACCUCUGAGUCCCUGCUGCGUCCAGUCUCCACCUCUGAGUCCCUGCUGCGUCCAGUCUCCACCUCUGAGUCCCUGCUGCACAUGGUGGCUUGCAUCACCUACUACCUCUCCAAGGCCCUGAGGACUCUGAGCCUGUCCUGUGUGUCUGCUCCUGUGAUGGAGAUGGGGAAGAGGCUGCUGCAGGAGCUGAGUGACAUCUCCGCUACGGACCAGGAGACAGACAGGCUGCUCAGGAGGGGAGGGGCCGGGGAGGAGGCCAACGAGCAGCUGAGGGCUCUGGAGGGGAAGAGAGCCAGCUCUGGGUCUCACAGCCAUGAGCUGAUAGGCCAGGAAGAUCCAGUCCUGCUGUACAGCACCCUGUCCUGCUGCCCCCUGAAGAGCUGCUACAGGGAGGUGAUGAAGAUCAAGAGGAAGGCAUGCUUCCUGGAAUGUGCAGUGCUGCUGCUCCAGAGGAGCCUGCAGGAGGAGCAGCUGUGUCUGGUGACACAGUGGGGCCAGGACAUCUUCACCUGGAUCACCAGGAGGGAUGAGUGUCUGGCAGGUCCUAAGAAGCUCCAGGAGAGAGGAGGCUUGGGGAAGCUCUCCUCCUGCACAGAGAACAAGAAGAAGUCUGGUUCAAUCCGGACAGACAAGAGGAAGAAGGAGUUUCUGCAGAGGAAGCUGCUCAGCGGUCUCAAGACACAGAACACUGACAGGGAGAGCAGGGCAGCAGACACCCUGCUGGCCCAGCUGCCCCCUCUGCUGCCUGGUUACCAGCGGCGACGCCGUCUCCGACAGGUCUGCUCUGAAGAGUGGCUGUGGCGUUGUCAUGCCAACCUGAGCAUGGGCCUUGCCCAUCUGGGCACGCUCAGACAGAAUCUGGAGUUCAGCCUCACAGUCAGCUGCCCUUACCGCUACAGUCAGCUGCCUCCCUCCCUGUUUUCCCUGUACCAGAGUGGGAUAUUGGUGCAAUGGGGCCCCAAGCCCCCCGCUGCCAGCCCCAAGCCCCCCGCUGCCAGCCCCCAGCCCUCCUCUGCCAGCCCCCAGCCUCGACCACGCUCUGCCCCACGAAACCCCCUGCACAGGACCAGGGAGAACAAGCCAGGUAUGACCACCAGUGGGGAGGAGGAGCCAAUCACAGCAGAGAGUGAGACGGACUCUCCUCGCAUGGCUCAGACCAACCAAUCAGAUCAAAGCGAGCCCUCGCGACGCUCCGCCUCCCUGUUGCACGACUCCCUCAGCAAGGCUGUUCUGCACCUCAGAAGGGCUAUGGUGCUGGCUCAUCGUGGCCACCACUGGAUCAGUCUGCAGAGUGUGUGUGUCAGUGUGUGGGACCAGGCCUGCUGCCUGUCAGCUGUGCUGCACCCCCCCUCCCCCCUGAGCCUGGAGCAGCUCCACUCUGCCCUCACCCCACUCUACGCUCUGGCAGCUGACCUGCUGCUGGACAUGAUGGACCAGCUGCAGCUGUGGGUUGUGUAUGAGGCUGCCCAGGCCCAGGGCCCAUGGAGGUCCUUCCCCCAGGAGGAGCAGCUGCUGGUGGGGCACGGCUGGCUGAGCCGCCUGCUCCUCCACACCCUGGAGCUGCUGCACCAGCAGGCUCGCUGGGAGACCCUGGCCCACCUGGCCCUGCUGUUCAACACACGCACACGGGAGCGCUACACCCAGGUCAUCACCCCUCUGUUGGUCCACGCCCAGCGGCGGCUGCUGGAGAGGAUCAGCCUGUAUGGAGGCCCCCCCUCUCCCCAGCCUCACCUGACCAGGACACACCUGCUCACCGGACACCAGGUGACCUGCAAGAGCUACACAGGACAACAGCUGUUGAGUGCCUGGACCCCUCAUCCUCACCCCAGCAGCCCUCAUCACCCCAGCAGCCCUCAUCCUCACCCCAGCAGCCCUCAUCCUCACCCCAGCAGCCCUGACUUAGAGACCUUGCAGCUGGCCGAGGUGCGCCGGGCCAUGUGUGUGGUGCGUGUGCCCCUGGAUGUGGAGGACUCCCUGCGCUGCUUCAGAGAGGCUGUAGAGCGAGACUGUCACACACACACACACGCACACCACACCUUCCAGCACAGCAGGACCCUGCUCACACUGCUGCUGGCUCACACACAGACCUCUGUGUUGGAGGGGAGCCAGGACGGUGGUGGGGGUGCCCAGGGGCCUCAGGGCAGGGUGGAGUUCAGGGGGGCGGUGUCCUCGGCCCCCGGCUCGGCCCCCCCAGACCUGAGCAGAGAGGACUUCCUGGGGUCGCUCUACCGCCCCCCCCUGCCCCCCUCCCACAUCCCCAGAGUCAUCUCCUCUUACAGCAGCUCCAUCAAGUGGAUGGAGGCCCAGGGAGAGGUGUCUCUGAAGUUUCAGGCUCUGCAUGAGCUGGGGAACCUCUACUACUACACUGGCAACCACAGGGCGGCGCUGGCUGCGUGGAGCAGGGCUGUGGACGGCUCCCUGCAGAGUUCUGGAGUCCUGGACAGCUGGGUCGGCCUCACCUGGCCCGGCCACACCCACACCCUGAGGCAUGCUGGGAUACCAGGCUGCCUGCAGGCCGCCCUGCUCACUGCCAAGAUCGCUCAGUUCAUCCAGACAUCUAACAUCAGCCAGCGGACCCAGACCUGUCUCCUGUCUGCACAGCUCUUCAAGUGUCUCCUGCAGGCCUCCCUCCCUCACCCUGCCUCAGACCUCCAGUACGCCUCCUACAGCGUGGGGGCGGAGCUUAUCCCAGGGGUGGAGCUCUUCUCUGAUCCAGGCCACGCCCCCUUGGGUGACACAGUGUCAUCACUGGGUUUCCUCUGUCACUGGCUGUACUCUGCUGGAGAACACAUCACGGUGCUGCCCAUGCUGGCUCUCUACCUGCACCUGGUCAGCACACUCUGCAGAGACACUCACCUCACCAUCACAGCAAGGAUCCUGAAGGUGAGGGUUCUGGCAGAGCUGGGUCUCUUCUGUCAGGCUGUGAGGGAGGCUGUUCUGCUGACGCAGGGAGAGGAGGAGCCACACAAGACUGGGCCUAUCAAGACGUUCAACACCAACAAGACUCUGCUGAACCCUGCCAACCUACAGGCGCUGGAGGACCUGGUGAACCGUGGUGUGAGCCCUGAGGCCGGCCUGCUGUACGGAGCCAGGCUGGCCCAGCGCCUCCCCCUGGCCCAGGCCCACCUGCUGCUGGCCCUCUGCAGGACCAUCCAUACCCUGCCGGAGGCCCUGGACACAGAUGUGCUCCGGCCCUGGAGGGGCAAGUUGCUGCGCUCCAGCAGCACCCCCAACCUGCCCUGCCCCCCCCCCAGUGACACGGACAGGAGGAGCAGAGACCCCAAACAGCUGCAGAGGGAGAACCUGACCCUGGGCCAGGUCAAGUCCCUGCUCCUGAGGGAGGCAGGCUGCAUGCUGCGCUCCCAGCAGCCCCUGGUCUGCACCCCUGGUGACCCAGAGCAGCAGGAGCUACAGGUGGACACUCUGCUGCUGCUGGCAGACCUGCACCUGCAGCUGGGCCAGGCUGCCUCUAGUGCAGACAUGGCAGUAGCAGCCCUGGAGAUGCUCCACACUGCAGCCUCCCCGCCCCCCGGGGGCCCAGCCUCCCCGCCCCCCGGGGGCCCAGCCUCCCCGCCCCCAGGGGGCCCGGCUCCCCCACCCUCUGGAUACAGCAGGCCUUGGAGUGACCAGGCAGGAGUGAAGGAGGUAGGAGUGAAGGAGGCAGGAGUGAAGGAGGCAGGAGUGAAGGAGGCAGGAGUGAAGGAGGCAGGGAAGGUGUCCAGCCUUCAUCCUGGAACAACAGCCCAGGGGGCGGAGUCUCGUGAGCGUCUAGGCCCCGCCCUCUGGCUGCGCUGCAGACUGGCCCUGCUCCAGAGCUUGCUGGCACACACCCCUGGAGCCUCCAUCUACACAGAGAGAGCAGGUGUGGACAGCAGUGUGGAGGCAGCCCGACUGUUGAAGGAGGGUGUUCAGGAGGCGGAGUCCUGGGGAGACCCACACACACACGCUCUGCUUCUCCUGCAGGGGGCGACGCUGAGCACACACUCUGGAGACAGCAUCUCUCUGCUGCAGAAGGCGGUGAGUGUGUUGUCAGGGCAGCCCAGCCUGUGUCCAGGCUCAGUGCUGCUUGUGUCCAGGGCUGCUGUUCUGCUGUGGGACCUGGGAGCAGAGGGCCACCUCAGUCUGGCCAGGCACACCCAGAGCCUGCUGCUCACACAGCUGGGGGUGUUUGGGGAGAGCGUGUCGCUGGGGGAGGGAGGCAGGGUUCUCCUGUCCCCAGGUCUCUCCAACAUCUACCUUCCCCAUCUGCCCCUGCUCACUGCCAUCACCACGCGCCUGGGUCUCAACCUGGCAACCCAAGCACUGACCAUGGUGCCCUCAGCCCCCUUCAGCCAGCCCCCGGGCCCCCCCAGCCAGCCCCCGGGC